CGUACGUAGAGACCGUAUCCAAGUGCGUAACUACCGAGCUCCUCAUCCUCAACAACAUGGCGCCAGCGUACAGCUGGAUCGCGCACACAGACGCCAGGAGACUUCCUCACCAAGUUAGUUAACUAAGCAAACGCAGCGUCGCGAAGACUUUUCUUGCUUUUCUUUUUACUUUUCUUGCUAUAUAGUUCGCGUUUUCCCUUCGGCAAGCAAAUAUCAUCAGGUUUUGGCCAGCAAAACUCACCUGUUUAACGGAAAGAACAGCGCGUACUGGACUCGCUGCUGAACGGAAAGCAAGGACUGAGAUUACGUAGACGGGGAAAGAGUUUUUCCAGAAAAAUAAAGCCAUGUAACGGUGCUCGAAAGUGUUUUCAUCAGAAGACAUGCUUUUAAACAUGAGUGAAAAUAACUGUCCGUUUGAAGAAAGGGAUAGAGACAGACUUCCUCCAAUAAUAAAUCACAACUUGGAUCGUGGACCGAAGCUUCCUUUCCCCUCAUACGGAAGCUUCAUUUCCACCCUGAAUCACAAAAGAGAAUCUGGCAGCCACAGCCUCUCAUCGCCUUUACUGUUGCCUGCAGUUAAACAAGUGAGAGAGCUUCCCCCAAUAUGUCCAGAUGUGAGACAGAAGCAUCGUAUCUCUAUUGAUGUUCUGCCUCCGGAGGUGAAAGCGCGUUUCAUCUCAGAACCCAUUAUUCCCAUUCGAACCAAAACCGGGAGAGAGUUCCAGGAGGAUCUUGAAAGAGCAACUAUCUCAGGGGAUUGGAAACAAGUCCAUGAUUUCUACUUGAUCACAUUUGACUCCUUUUUGGAACUCAAUGCUGCCUUUAAGAAAGAAGCAAAUGCGCCCUUCAACACUAUAGAAGACUCAGGAAUAAACAUCAAAUUUGUCAAUAUUGUUUAUGAUGCCUUACUCUAUACGCCUGCGGACACACAAAAAUCAGUUCUGAAGGGAAUCAUUAAUAGCUUAUUAAGGGAAUGGAAAGGGCCUCGCACAAAAGACGACCUUAGAGCGUAUUUCGUUCUUGUGCAGAACCCUCAGUACACCAGUCCAGCCACAUAUGUCAUCUAUGCACACUUACUGAGGCAAAUAGCAGCUCUGGCUGAAGCAGACCACCAUUUCCUGAUGCACUGGUUUAAAAAGCUUCCUCAGAAGCGUUUCAAACAGCUGGUGGAGCGUUUGCAGCUCUUCAUCACCACCCGCCUAUUUCCUGCCAAGCCAGAGGAGUUGCCGCCCAUGGCCAAAUGCUCCUGGUGGAUUCCCUCAGCCACUAAAGUCCUCUCCCUGCUCAAUGCGGCAAACAGCAUUUCCAGUCCUCCCAUCGUCCCUUUCUCUGAUUUCUACAACCUAACGCUGGAUCACAUCGACUUUAUGGAGGAUUACCACACGUGGCAGGCUCACGGAAAUUCAAACAGGUUCACCUUCUGUCAGUUCCCAUUCAUCUUGUCCACUGUUGUGAAGAAAGCCAUCAUCCAGAGAGACUCUGAGCAGCAGAUGAUCAGCAUGGCCAGGCAAACUCUGGUGGACAAGGUCUCUCGCAGGCAGAGGGUGGAUAUGAGUCUGCUGUUUCUCAACAUUAAAGUAAGACGUCUGCAGCUGGUCAGUGACUCACUCGAUGAGCUUUCGAGAAAGCGAGCAGAUCUGAAGAAAAAACUGAAAGUGACGUUCGUUGGGGAAGCGGGGCUGGACAUGGGUGGACUUACAAAAGAGUGGUUUCUUCUCCUGAUUCGACAGAUUUUUCACACAGACUACGGCAUGUUCACUUAUGUUAAAGAGUCACAGUGUCAUUGGUUCAGCAGCUGGAAAUGUGACAACUACUCUGAGUUUCGAUUGGUUGGAGCCCUCAUGGGCUUGGCUGUGUACAACAGCAUCACACUGGACAUCCGCUUCCCUCCCUGCGUCUACAAGAAGCUGCUGACCCCGCCGAUUGUACCGUGUGACCUCGACACUCCCGUCGGCAUGGCGACCCUCACCCUGGAAGACCUUCAGCAGGUUAUGCCCGAUCUUGCCCAUGGUCUAGGGGAACUCCUCAGUUAUGAAGGAAAUGUCGAGGAGGACUUCUAUACAACUUUUCAGGUUUUUCAGGAAGAGCUUGGUGUGGUCAAGUCAUAUAAUCUGAAACCAGGAGGAGACAAGAUUCCUGUAACCAACUUAAACCGAAAAGAGUACGUCCAGCUCUAUGUUGACUUCCUGCUGAAUAAGUCCAUCUACAGACAGUUUGCUGCUUUUUAUCAUGGUUUUCAUAGUGUAUGCGCCUCCAAUGCCCUCAUGCUCUUGAGGCCAGAAGAGGUUGAGAUCCUGGUCUGUGGAAGUCCUAAUCUGGACAUGUGCUCUCUGCAGCGAGUGGUGCAGUACGAGGGCUACAGCAAGACGGAUCCCACCAUCCGGGCCUUCUGGGACGUAGUCUUGGCUUUCCCUUCAGAGCUCCAGAAGAAACUCCUCCACUUCACCACAGGAAGUGACCGCGUUCCUGUGGGAGGAAUGGCAGACCUCAACUUCAAGAUCUCUAAGAUUGAUGUCUCUACCGACUGGCUGCCGGUGUCGCAUACGUGUUUCAACCAGAUCUGUCUACCUCCGUACAAGAGCAAGAAAGAACUACGGCAAAAGUUAACAAUUGCCAUUUCAAAUGCAGAAGGCUUUGGAUUGGAGUAGAUGUACAGUGGUCUUGGUAGAUAUAAGGACAAAAUGCAAUGCCAUUAAUGGUUGUAAUAUGUUUCUUUAAACCAUAUCAGGUAAGCAUGAGGAUUACGCGCACAGGAGAAGAAAUGUAAGCUCUAGAUGUAAAAUUUCAGAAGUAGCCAUUCGAAAUGGUUGUGUUGUUUUGUGUGUACAGUGUAAUAAUAUUUGUUGUGAACCAGGUUUCCAAUGAGGAAUCCAGUAAAGCUGUUUGUCUUUCGUCAA